GGAAAUGAUUGCCAAGAAUGAUACACAAUCAGACGUGUUUGGAUGCGAUGACCCUAGUCAGGAAGGACAACCUCAAAGAGCUAAUUCAGCAUAGCUUUGGAACAGAAAAAUCUAGUGCCUGCACACUUUAAAGCAGUUCACAUUCUGAAAACCUUUUGAAGAUAUUCUGCCUUCCUAUUGGAUUACUUUGUUUACAGCACAGAAUGUCAUUGUGCCCUGGAUUUAAUUUGGUGUUCAUGAUUUAAUCCCCCUUUGUGUGUCUGUGUGUUGGUGAAGCAUUGGCGCUCUUCGGGGCUGCUGUUGUGUGGAAAUUGAUCCCAUUUGAAUCCCUUCCAAAGGACUAGACAUUACUAGCGAUGAGCUCCCAAAGCCAUCCAGAUGGACUUUCUGGCCGAGAUCAGCCAGUAGAGCUGCUAAAUCCACCUAGAGUGAACCAUAUGCCCAGUUCUGUGGAUGUGAACACAGCACUGCCUUUGCAAGUUGCACCAGCUUCAGUCCCCAUGGAUCUCCGCUUGGACCACCAGUUUUCCAUGCCAGUGACAGAACCUACACUCCGAGAACAGCAGCUCCAGCAGGAACUCUUGGCUCUCAAGCAAAAACAACAAAUUCAGAGACAAAUCCUUAUAGCCGAGUUUCAGAGGCAGCAUGAGCAACUCUCCCGUCAGCAUGAGGCCCAGCUACAUGAGCAUAUCAAACAGCAGCAGGAAAUGCUAGCAAUGAAACACCAGCAGGAGCUCUUGGAGCACCAGCGAAAGUUGGAGCAGCAUCGCCAGGAACAAGAGCUGGAGAAGCAGCAUAGAGAACAGAAACUACAGCAGCUCAAAAACAAAGAGAAAGGCAAAGAAAGUGCUGUGGCAAGCACAGAGGUAAAAAUGAAAUUACAGGAGUUUGUUUUAAGUAAGAAGAAAGCUUUGGCACACCGGAAUCUCAACCAUUGCAUUUCUAGUGAUCCCCGCUUCUGGUAUGGGAAAACGCAGCACAGUUCUCUUGACCAGAGUUCUCCCCCUCAAAGUGGAGUAUCUGGCACCUACAAUCAUCCUGUCCUGGGGAUGUAUGAUUCCAAAGAUGACUUUCCACUCAGAAAAACAGCGUCUGAACCUAAUCUGAAGUUACGAUCCAGAUUAAAGCAGAAAGUUGCUGAAAGGCGGAGCAGCCCCCUGUUACGCAGGAAAGAUGGCCCUGUGGUUACUGCUCUUAAGAAGCGUCCCCUGGAUGUCACAGACUCUGCCUGCAACAGUGCUCCUGGAUCUGGUCCCAGCUCACCAAACAACAGCUCUAACAACAUAAGUGCUGAGAAUGGAAUUACAGGAUCAGUCACGAGCAUUCAGGCAGAGACCAGCCUGGCUCACCGCCUAGCGAAUCGUGAAGGCUCAGUAACCCAGCUUCCUCUCUACACGUCUCCUUCCCUGCCCAACAUAACGUUAGGGCUGCCUGCCACUGGGCCUGCCAGUGGGGGGUCAGGACAGCAGGAUGCCGAAAGACUUGCUAUUCCCACCCUACAACAGCGGCUUUCCUUGUUUCCUGGCACCCACCUCACUCCGUAUUUGAGCACUACAGCGUUGGAAAGAGAUGGGGGAACGUCACACAACUCUCUUCUGCAACACAUGGUCUUACUGGAACAGCCAACUGCACAGACGCCCUUAGUCACAGGCUUGGGGGCACUCCCCCUCCAUGCACAGUCUCUGGUUGGUGCAGAACGGGUCUCCCCUUCCAUACACAAACUCCGGCAACACCGCCCCCUGGGGCGCACGCAGUCGGCUCCCCUUCCCCAGAACGCUCAGGCCCUCCAGCAGUUAGUGAUCCAGCAACAGCACCAGCAGUUCCUGGAGAAACACAAACAGCAGUUCCAGCAGCAGCAGCUUCACCUGAACAAGAUGAUCCCCAAGCCGCCCGAGCCAGCCCGCCAGCCUGAAAGCCACCCUGAGGAGACGGAAGAGGAGUUGCGAGAGCACCACGCACUUUUGGAGGAGCCGUAUGGCGACCGAGUCGCGAGCCAAAAGGAGGUGCAAGGGCUGGCCAACAUGGUGACGGUGAAGCAAGAGCCCAUUGAGAGUGAUGAAGAGGAGACGGAGCUGCCACUGGAGCUGGAGCCAGGGCAGAGGCAAGCUGAGCAGGAGCUGCUCUUCCGGCAGCAAGCCCUCCUGCUGGAGCAGCAACGCAUUCACCAGCUGAGAAACUACCAGGCCUCCAUGGAGGCAGCUGGCAUCCCAGUGUCUUUUGGCGGACAUCGGCCUCUGUCCCGCGCCCAGUCCUCACCUGCGUCUGCCACCUUCCCCAUGUCUGUACAGGAGCCCCCCACUAAGCCAAGGUUCACCACAGGCCUGGUCUAUGAUACCUUGAUGCUGAAACACCAGUGUACCUGUGGGAACACAAACAGCCAUCCAGAGCACGCAGGGAGAAUCCAGAGCAUCUGGUCCCGGCUCCAGGAGACAGGCCUCCGUAGCAAGUGUGAGGUAAUAUUGAGGAGAAAACAAACUCUGGAAGAGCUACAGACUGUUCACUCGGAGGCACAUGCCCUGCUGUACGGCACAAACCCUUUGAACAGACAGAAACUGGACAGCAAGAAACUGCUAGGUUCCAUCACAUCCAUGUUUGUCAGGCUCCCUUGUGGUGGUGUUGGAGUUGACAGCGACACAAUUUGGAAUGAAGUUCAUUCGUCUGGUGCUGCUCGCCUGGCCGUUGGCUGUGUCAUCGAACUUGUUUUUAAAGUGGCCACAGGAGAGCUGAAGAAUGGAUUUGCUGUUGUUCGACCCCCAGGUCAUCAUGCUGAAGAGAGUACGCCCAUGGGCUUCUGCUAUUUUAAUUCCGUGGCAAUUGCAGCCAAGCUUCUCCAGCAGAGACUCAGCGUUAGCAAAAUCCUUAUAGUGGACUGGGACGUGCACCAUGGGAAUGGAACUCAGCAGGCUUUCUACAGUGACCCAAACGUUCUGUACAUUUCUCUACAUCGCUACGAUGAUGGAAACUUCUUUCCAGGCAGUGGUGCUCCUGAUGAGGUCGGCACCGGCGCAGGCGUUGGUUUCAAUGUCAACAUGGCCUUUACUGGUGGCCUCGACCCGCCGAUGGGAGAUGCCGAAUAUCUGACUGCUUUCAGAACGGUAGUAAUGCCAAUUGCCAAUGAGUUUGCCCCAGAUGUGGUGCUGGUCUCAUCUGGUUUUGAUGCAGUGGAAGGCCAUCCUACGCCCCUUGGAGGAUAUAAUCUGUCAGCAAAAUGCUUUGGGUACCUGACGAAGCAGCUGAUGGGAUUGGCCGGAGGUCGAAUUGUUCUGGCCCUCGAAGGAGGUCAUGACCUGACAGCCAUUUGUGAUGCGUCUGAGGCAUGUGUUUCUGCUUUGCUGGGAAACGAGCUUGAUCCUCUUCCGGAAAAAGUUUUGCAGCAGCGAGCAAAUGCUAAUGCAGUGCAUUCCAUGGAAAAAGUAAUUGAGAUACACAGCAAGUACUGGCAUUCACUCCAACGCUAUGCCUCCACCGUGGGCUACUCCUUGGUCGAGGCCCAGAAGUGUGAGACGGAAGAAGCAGAAACGGUCACAGCCAUGGCGUCGCUGUCAGUGGGGGUGAAGCCAGCUGAUAAGAGAUCAGAUGAUGAGCCCAUGGAAGAGGAGCCUCCCCUGUAGCGUUGACCUUGGAGCUGGAGUUCUCCUGUUUGUUCGUCUUUGUCUUGAAGCUCUACCAAGAAGCUUUCUCUUGUUACUCCUGCGUCCUGUUGUGGUCUUCUUACAGAAUACAGAAGGGGCAGCCAGGCGUAAAACACAGCAACCGAAAAAAAUCUCUCCGUGGAUAUCCACGAAUACAGUAUAGACAGAAAUGGAAAAAUGCCGGUGAAGAGCAGCGGCGUUGAAGACACACAUAAAUGCCGGGCACUCUUCCUCUGGUCCUCAAUGGAAGCCAUAUGGGGAACGAAGCCCAUGAAUGUCUCCGGCAAAGUUGUCAGGUUUUUUUUU